GCAAAGUUGGUCCUAGUCCAAACUCCUCAUCUCACAUGUGAGAAUCUCAAGCAUGUUCAUCUCUUCAUGUUUUUAGUCAACACUUUAACAUAUGUUCCGAAUCUAGAGUUUAAGGUUGUUAAAAAUGGAAAAUCUCUGCUCAAGAUGGUCUGUCACCCUCAUAUUCUUCAUCAUCCUCCUCACUUCAAUCCAUCUAAUUUACACCCAAUUAUUCCUGCAUCUAACAAUCAACUUCGAUAACAUCAAACUCAAGAAAUCCCCACAACUCCCUCUUCGAUUCAACUCUGAUGGCACUUUCAAAAUCCUUCAGGUGGCUGAUAUGCAUUAUGGUCAAGGGUUGAUUACCAGAUGUAGAGAUGUUUCGCCGUCCGAAUUUAAGUACUGUUCGGAUCUUAAUACUACGAGGUUUGUUAAGAGGUUGAUUGAAAUUGAGAAACCGGAUUUUCUCGCAUUUACGGGAGAUAAUAUAUUUGGGUCAAGCACACCUGAUGCAGCCGAAUCGCUGUUUAAAGCCUUCCAACCUGCAAUUGAAUCUGGGCUCCCUUGGGCAGCUGUUUUAGGGAAUCAUGACCAAGAAUCAACUAUGAAUCGCGAGGAACUGAUGACAUUAAUCUCACUCAUGGAUUAUUCAGUAUCUCAAGUGAAUCCAUUUGUUCAAAAUCUAUCUGGUCAACGUGAACGAGCUUUGCUGACUGGAAUUGAUGGAUUUGGAAACUACAAUCUUUCGGUGCAUGGCCCUUAUGGUUCUCUAUUUUCCAACUUUAGUGUCUUGAACCUCUUCUUUCUUGAUAGUGGAGACCGUGCCACAGUGGAAGGUAGACGAACAUAUGGAUGGAUCAGAGAAUCUCAACUUAAUUGGUUACGAGGAUUUUCUCAAGCAGAUCAGGAUGAACAUGGAGAAUGCAAUCACUUUGGAGGUUCCCCUUUGACAAGAAAGACACCUCCGGCUCCGGCACUUGGUUUCUUUCACAUUCCAAUCCCAGAAAUCAGACAGCUGUAUUAUCAAAAAGUUAUCGGUCAGUUCCAAGAAGCUGUAGCUUGUUCGUCUGUUCAUUCUGGAGUCUUAAAAUCAUUGGUGUCAAUGAAGAACGUAAAAGGUGUCUUCAUAGGUCAUGAUCACAAUAAUGAUUUUUGCGGGAAUCUGGAUGGUAUAUGGUUUUGUUACGGGGGAAAUACCGGAUAUCAUGCCUAUGGUAAGGUAGGUUGGGUUCGGAGAGCAAGGGUUGUGCUAGUUGAGCUUUCAGAGAAGGAGAAAUCUUGGACGGGUGUGCAGAAAAUAAGUACGUGGAAACGGCUAGAUGAUGAGUUGUCGAGCAAGAUUGAUGAGCAAGUGCUUUGGGACCAGAACUCUGAAAAGUGAAUAAGAUUUCAGGUACACUUUCAAUGUGGAGAAAAAUUGUGCUUCAUACUCCGUAGCACGUAAGUUUAUGCCAGUAUGAAGAUGGUUCCCUUUUUGCUGUUGUUUAGGACUUGUGUCUAUUUGCUGAGACCAAACUCACAAUGACCUUUUUGGUUCAAUCUGGACCAUUACGCUAUUUGUCAGAUGCUUUUAUAGUUUCACCGGGCUGCUGCGACUAUGUGACCGGAAGAAUACCGUUAAGAGUUGCAGGAAGGAAGUAUACCACGAUUCCGGGAAUUUAUUGUAGCAUUAGGAUAUGAAAACUCUACUAUCUUUGUUGCUGAUUUUUAUUUAUUGUUAAAGAUUGCAAACUUGGGUGGCAAUUCUACCAUCUGUAUUUCUGUGAUUUCAAAUAAUGCCAAAAAGAAGAAUAGUUCUCGUUUUAAAA